UGUUUUCACUAUGUCCUCAACACUCUUAAAUAAUCUAUCUGGUGAUGCUAAGUGUGUUUAGGGGAAUUAUUAAGCAAAUUAAUUAACUCUACUCUAUUAUCUUCGACGCGGUGGGAGUAGCAAGUUGACUACCAAGUCAAGUCAUGCUAUCUCUUUCUUCAAUUUAUUAUAAAUUAAUCAACUUUACAAAGCUAGUGAUAAUACUCCACUAUAUCCCAUUUUCUUACAUACUUGAAGAAGAACAAUGAAGAGCUUAGUAAAUGUAUUUUUGUUGGUUUUCAUUUUACUGAAAGUAACUUGUUGUGAAGGUUGUUGGAAGCAAGAGAGAGAAGCUCUUAUUGCUCUAAAUUCACGUUUGGGAAACGCUUUUUCUUCGUUAGACAACACUGAUUGUUGUCAAUGGGAAGGAGUUGAAUGCAACACCACCACACGAAGAGUGACCGCAUUCAAACUUCAAUCCAACAUUGGACCUUGGCAUCUGAAUUACUCUGAUUUAAUAAUCUUCAAGGAUUUGAAGAGUCUCUACCUUUCAUCUAGUCAAAUAUCCAAUUGUUCAACCACUAAUCAAGGGUUGAAAAAUCUGGAAGUGCUUUACUUGGGUGAUAAUAAUUUGAAUAGUGCUGCUAGCAUUCUAUCUUGUUUGGAUGGACUUUCAUCUCUGAAGUCUCUAUUGCUAUCUGGGAACAUGUUUGAUGCUACUUCAUUCCACGUUUUUCAGACAGUUUUGGACACACUUUCAUCAAAGUUGCUGCAUCUGGAGAUCCUUGACAUAGGUUACAACAAUUUGACUAAUGAAAUCCUGCCAUCACUCAGGGGAUUCAGAUCUUUGAAGGAACUAUAUUUGUCUAGCAUUGGAUUGGACUCAGAUCUUCACAUUCAAGGGUUAAGCUCCAUAUUGAAGAAUGUUGAGAUCCUUGACCUUUCCUACAACAACUUCAAUGACACUGAUAUUGCAUCUGCCCUUAGUGGGCUUUCUUCCCUCCAGAGUUUAAACUUACAAGGGAGUGAAAUUACUCUGAGAUCAAUUUACAAUAUAUCAAAACUGAGGUAUUUGGAGAUCCUUGAAUUGGCUGGGAACAAUUUCAACUUAUGGCCUCGAGAGAAUCAUGGAUUUGCAUGGCCGACCAAUUUACAAGUUCUUGUGUUGAGGGCAAAUAGUUUAAGUAACAAUAUUCUUUCAUCCCUAAGUGGUCUUCCACGUCUCAAAUCUCUUGACUUAAGUGUCAACAACUUGAAAGGAACUCUAGAUAUUAGUGGAUUGUCGACUUUAACCAACUUGAAGAUGCUUGAUUUUAGUGAUAAUCAAAUCGUUGACUUUGUUGUUCACAAAGGGUCAAAAAGUUUAAGCAGAUUGGAUAUCCUUGAUUUAGACCAGAAUAUGAUAAAUGGAAGCAAGCUACAAGAGUCAUUACGAGCUUUCUCAUCUAUUAAUAAUCUUACUUUGAGACAAAAUGAGUUUAAAGGAACAACUCUCUCCGGAGGUUUUAGUGGUUUAAGUAAAUUGGAAUACUUGGCAUUGGACCACAGUUCUAAUCUAGAAAAUGAGUUUUUCAAAAGUAUUGGAGACUUGCCUUCUUUGAAAGUGUUGUCUAUGUCGGAUUGUGGGAUAAAUGGUACCCUUUCAAUUGGAGAUUGGCCUAAGCUUCAGAAGCUGGAAGAGUUAGAUCUAUCCUACAAUGAAUUUGUGGGGCCACUCCCCUCAUCUUUUGUUAACAUGACAUCUUUGCGGACAUUGAAACUUACUAAUAAUCACUUUAUUGGUAAUAUUGGUCCUCACCUUGCAACUCUUACUUCACUUGAAUAUCUUAAUUUUGAAGGAAACCAAUUUGAAUUCCCUAUUUCAUUCACACCAUUUUCCAAUCAUUCCAACCUUAAAUUCAUCUAUGGAAACGGGAACAAAGUCAUCCUUGAUUCACACUCAACUUUGAAAGCAUGGGUUCCCAAAUUUCAAUUGCAAGUACUUCAAUUGUCUUCAACAACUGAGGUCAAGUCCAUUCCACUUCCAAACUUUCUUCUUUACCAAUACAAUUUGACUAAUGUUGACUUCACUAGUUGUAAACUAAAAGGAGAGUUCCCAAAUUGGUUAUUAGAAAACAACACAAAAAUGGAAAUGCUCAUUCUUCAAAAUUGUUCCUUUAUGGGAGAUUUUCAUCUUCCAUCUCAUCCCCAUCUUAAUAUGGUAAGAGUUGAUGUAUCCAACAAUGCAAUAACAGGUCAAAUGUUGAGCAAUAAUAUCAGUUCAAUUUUUCCAAAUUUGUUGCACCUAAACAUGUCUAAAAAUGCAAUCCAUGGUUUAAUUCCUUAUGAGAUAAGUCUCUUAAGCUCUUUAGUUGCAUUGGAUCUUUCAGAUAAUCAAUUGUCUGGAGAAAUACCACAUAACUUAUCUAGAGAUGGGAGUCAACUCUCAUUCUUAAGAUUUUCAAACAAUAAGCUUCAUGGAUUCUUACCUCCUAUGAUGUCAACAUAUAGUUCUUUGCAGUACUUGUUGUUGGAUGGUAAUAGCCUUUCUGGUAGCAUCCCAAGUAAUUUUUUUAACUCAUCCAACAUUGGACAUUUGGACAUAAGUAAUAAUAAUUUCAUUGGAAAAAUUCCAAGCCAAAUACAAAACAGUUUUGGAUUGAUUGAAAUUUCAAUGUCCAAUAACCAUCUUGAAGGAUCUAUCCCAUCAGAGUUAGCAGAACUUGAAAGUCUUACUUAUCUAGAUCUUUCACAAAACAAUUUAGUAGGUUGUGUUCCAUCUUUUAUAAAUUCUUCUGCCACCUUUAUCCAUUUGAGCAACAACAAUUUAACUUGUUUGUCCAAAGACAUGUUUGGAGAAAGGUCCUCCCUAGCGACACUAGACCUUAGCAACAAUGAAAUAAUAGAUGGAUUUCAUGAUCUAAUACAUGACCUUAACUAUACAGGAUUGAACAUCCUCCUUGUGAAAGGUAACCACUUUACAGGGAACAUACCAAAGCAAGUAUGUCAACUAGUAGAUUUAAAUAUACUAGACCUUUCUUAUAAUGAUUUUGUUGGGGAAAUACCAACUUGCUUGGGUAAAAUGCCUUUUGAAAAUAAGGAUCCAGAGGCAUCAAGGGAUCAAUACAAUGGUAUCAUUCAUAGUCGAGGAGAUUAUUAUAACCGAUUUGGGAAAGAGAAAGCAAAUUUUACUUCGAAGAAAAGAUCAGAAACUUAUACAACAAAUAUUCUUAUUUAUAUGUCUGGAAUUGACUUAUCUCAUAAUAAACUAAAUGGGAGUAUCCCAUAUGAGCUUGGAAACUUGACAACAAUUCGAGCAUUGAAUUUGUCGAACAAUUUUUUCGCGGGGAAAAUUCCUGACACAUUCUCAAAAUUGGUAAAAGUAGAGAGUUUAGAUCUUUCUUUCAACAAGUUGAGUGGCCAAAUUCCUCCUCAGCUAAGUGGAUUGACCUCCCUUGAAGUAUUCAGUGUGGCACACAACAAUUUAUCUGGUGCAACACCUGAAAGGAAAGGGCAAUUUAUUACAUUUGAUGAAAGCAGCUAUGAGGGUAAUCAAUUUCUUUGUGGACCUCCACUUCCCAAAAGUUGCAAUCCUAGGGGACAAGAACCUGCUACGUUAAUAAAUGACUUGGACAUGGAUGAAGAUGAUGAUAGUUUGGUGGACAUGUAUGUUUUUCGUGUGAGCUUUGUUGUGGCAUACACAUCAAUAUUGUUGGCAAUUGCAACGGUUCUUUGCAUAAACCCUUAUUGGAGGCAAGCAUGGUUUUACUAUAUAGAAUUGGGAGGCAUGAGUUGCUACUACUUCAUCAAGGACAAUUUUUGUAAGUUUUUUUAAUAUUAGAAAUGUAUAACAUGUGAGGUUGUAUGUCUUGGAUAUAUUUUUCUUUGUGUGGUUUACUUUGAAAAUAUUUUGUCCUUUCAUUUUCUAAAAUAUGUGUUUAUUUUACAUUGAUGAGAGGCUCUUGAUGAUAAAUAUUGUCAUAGAGAGAAGAUGAAAUGUAGACAAUUAUUUUUCUCAAAAGUCCUUUAUCUCUUUUUUAGCAAAAAUAAAAUUAACACAAAUUUUAGAAAAUUAAAAUAAAAAAUAUUUUCACAAAGUAAACGAUAACUAUCCAAAUCCUUCAUUUAAAAUAAUUUAGCUUUUCUAUGCAAAUUAUUAGGUAUUAUUGUUUUUAGAUGCUUCUUGAAGAAUGAAUUAACUUUAGCAGCCUCUCCAUGACCCUUUGGGCAUGGGUAGUAUAGAUGAAUUAUAGUAAUUAACGUUACUCGUGAAUUAAACUAUUAAUUAAUAUGUUUUAUAAUGAAGAAAUGACAUGAUUAACCUUUCCAUCAA